GAACCAUCCAAACGCAUGGGACAGCUGUUGAGGGAAAUGGAACAGGCAGGACAAGAUAACCCUGUUGGUGAAAGCGAUCUGGCUUCCCAACCCACAUUCAGGAUUGAGCCUCUGGGAGAUGCUGAGGGUGUGUCUGCAGGGAGGACUUUUCCUGCUCCUUUGGUGGAUGUUGCACGCAAGCCCAGCUCCCAUCGCAGGGGUCCUCCAGCGGGAAAGAACAAAGCUAAAGGACACCAGAAAGCCCAGGAACCAUCCAAACGCAUGGGGCAGCUGUUGAGGGAAAUGGAACGGGCAGGACAAGAUAACCCUGUUGGUGAAAGCGAUCUGGCUUCCCAACCCACAUUCAGGAUUGAGCCUCUGGGAGAUGCUGAGGGUGUGUCUGCAGGGAGGACUUUUCCUGCUCCUUUGGUGGAUGUUGCACGCAAGCCCAGCUCCCAUCGCAGGGGUCCUCCAGCGGGAAAGAACAAAGCUAAAGGACACCAGAAAGCCCAGGAACCAUCCAAACGCAUGGGGCAGCUGUUGAGGGAAAUGGAACGGGCAGGACAAGAUAACCCUGUUGGUGAAAGCGAUCUGGCUUCCCAACCCACAUUCAGGAUUGAGCCUCUGGGAGAUGCUGAGGGUGUGUCUGCAGGGAGGACUUUUCCUGCUCCUUUGGUGGAUGUUGCACGCAAGCCCAGCUCCCAUCGCAGGGGUCCUCCAGCGGGAAAGAACAAAGCUAAAGGACACCAGAAAGCCCAGGAACCAUCCAAACGCAUGGGACAGCCGUUGAGGGAAAUGGAACGGGCAGGACAAGUCUUUGGGUAG